AUGUCCUCGAAGGUGACGAAAGACACUCUUUACGAGUGUGUGAACGGAAUGCUGGAGACGACCAAAGGUGACAACGACGGCAAGAAGAGGAAGUUCUUGGAGACCGUCGAACUCCAGAUCGCGCUCAAGAACUACGACCCCCAGAAGGACAAGCGUUUCUCGGGAACCGUUAAGUUGAGACACAUUCCGCGCCCGAAGUUCAGGAUCUGUGUGUUGGGAGAUCAGCAGCACUGCGAUGAGGCGAACGCCAAUAGCCUCCCAUUCAUGGACGCCGAGGCCCUCAAGAAGUUGAAUAAGAAUAAGAAGUUGGUUAAGAAGUUGGCGAAGAGUUACGACGCUUUCCUGGCGUCGGAAUCGCUGAUCAAACAGAUCCCGCGUCUGUUGGGUCCCGGACUGAAUAAGGCCGGAAAGUUCCCGAGUCUUCUGACCCAUAACGAGAAUAUGAUGGCCAAAGUGGACGAAGUGAAGGCCACUAUUAAGUUGCAGAUGAAGAAAGUGCUGUGUCUGGCGGUCGCCGUCGGUCACGUGGAUAUGGCUCCCGAAGAGUUGGCGCAGAACAUCAACUUAACCAUCAAUUUCUUGGUAUCUCUGCUGAAGAAGAAUUGGCAGAACAUCCGUUCGCUUCACAUCAAGUCAACGAUGGGUCCGCCGCAGCGACUCUACUAA